GAUCACCGGGACUAGACGCGUAGACUACGAAACAAACAUAUUUCGCACGACAAGGUCGCGCUCCGCGGCUCCGGUCAAACCGCGAAGCCACGCCGUCGAGCUUCACCGGUGUACACGGCACACCAUUUUUGGCCUCUUUCGAAGAACAAAUUGGGUUCUUCGCGAAUCGACGCGGAGCGGAGAUUGGGGAACAGCUUCGCCUCUUCGCGAGAAGACGGGAGGCGAUCUAACCCCUCGUUUCGAUUUAAUAUCCCUAGGCAAUUGAUCCUCUCUUGGCGGACGAUAUGGGAACGCCGGCAUUUCCUAAUCUAGGGAAGCAUUGUAACGUCGGAGACUGCCGGCAGCUUGAUUUCUUGCCAUUCACCUGCGACCGAUGCAAUCAGGUGUUUUGUCUGCAACAUAGAAGUUACAUCAAUCAUCAAUGCCCUAAUGCCAAUCAAAAGGAUGUCACAGUUUUGAUAUGCCCUCUAUGUGCCAAGGGAGUUCGUCUAGUCCCUGAUCAAGACCCAAACAUUACUUGGGAUUCACAUGUUAAUACUGAUUGCGAUCCUUCAAACUACCAGAAAGCAACCAAGAAAAGGCGUUGUCCUGUUCCUGGAUGCAAAGAGGUGCUAAAUUUGUCCAACUCUAUCAGAUGCAGAGAUUGCAGUAAAGAGCACUGCUUGAAGCAUAGAUUUGGGCUCGAUCACAGCUGCUCUGGGCCAAAAAAAACUGAUUCUGGUUUCCCUUUUGUUGGCUUGUUCAGUAAGAGCCAAAAGUCACCACAAAAAAGCACAUCUACUUCCUCAUGGUGGGGUUCUGGCUUAAUGAAUGCAGUUUCAAAUUUCCGUGCCUCUGCUGAAUCAGGUAUACAGAAAUUUAGUAAUGCAACUACCGAAGCGAUACAAAAGGCAAAAACUGGAAUUGCAGAAAGCAGCAGCACUGGUGAGCUUGUGGAACAAUGUGUUCAAUGCCGAGCAAGGUUUUCAACUGUUUCUGCUUUGAUUGACCAUGUUGAGAGGUCUCAUCGUCAAAGUUCUAAACCAUCAGCCAACAGAGUGACAAUUGAUGUUUGCCCAAAAUGUAGCAAAGGAUUUAGGGAUCCUGUAGCACUAGUAGAGCAUGUUGAAAGAGACCAUGGAGGAACUUCACUUGCAUAAUAGAGAAUGCAUUUUUAAGGUUUUCAUGGGAGGCAUGAUUAAAAGCUUAGAGAUAAAUUUCACAAAUACUCGAUCAGUUCCCUUAAUGCCCCCAUCUCUAUUUCCUUCCUAUCUCCUCCCCCUUUUAAGUUCCAUGAAUUCCUGAGAACACAUGUACGCUUUGUUUUCCUUACCUCGCUUAUGUAAUGUGAUGAAAGGGACGAGUUGCCUCUGUAAUUGGUUUAUUUGUAAAUUAAUUGAUGCUGUUACAUAUAGAGAUACAAAAACAUUCAAAUUCAAAUUGAUUUUCUGAAAAAUGUGUUUGAUUGUGUU